CCCGCCCGGCCUGCCAGCGUCUGAUUGGCUACCGCGUCCUCUUGCGCGUCGUGCUUCCUAGUCUGCUCCUCGUGUACAGUGGAGUCGCUCUUUUUACCUCGGCAUAGAAGAGGCGAUGGUGGCGCUGGCAUCUCUCGGCGCAUUGGCGCUACUCCUGCUGUCUGGCCUCUCCUGCUGCUCAGCAGAGGCCUGUGUGGAGCCCCAGAUCACCCCUUCCUACUAUACAACCUCUGAUGCCGUCAUUUCCACUGAGACUGUCUUCAUCGUGGAGAUUUCCCUGACAUGCAAAAACAGGGUUCAGAACAUGGCUCUUUAUGCUGAUGUCAGUGGAAAACAAUUUCCUGUCACCCGUGGCCAGGACGUAGGGCGUUAUCAGGUGUCCUGGAGCCUAGAUCACAAGAGUGCUCAUGCUGGGACCUAUGAGGUCAGGUUCUUCGACGAGGAGUCCUACAGCCUCCUGAGGAAGGCUCAGAGAAAUAACGAGGACAUUUCCAUCAUCCCACCCCUGUUCACAGUCAGCGUAGACCAUCGGGGCACCUGGAACGGGCCCUGGGUUUCCACUGAGGUGUUAGCCGCAGUCAUUGGCAUAGUGAUCUACUACCUGGCCUUCAACGCCAAGAGCCACAUCCAGGCCUGAGGCCAGCACUCCCAGCCCCACUUGUUUCUUUCAAUAAACAGAGGCUCCUCACUUGCAUUGCUGCA